AUGACAACGAAAGGUAAAGCUGUCAAGCCAGUUAUUUACAUUUCAAGCAGCGAUGAAGAUGAGGAAGACACACCGCCAUCAAAAGCCAGACUGCCAUACAAAGUCAAGAAAGAAAAUGUAAGCAACGGGAUCGUUCAAAAAACGGAGACUGUUAUUUUGAGCUCUGACGACGAGCUCGAGAAGACGCCUCAGAAGAUAUCGCGUCCAUCUUUUGUCAAAGAAGAGCCAGAUUUCCAAGUGUCUACCUCGAAGGCUCAAAAUGAAACCAGUCCUUGGAAAAGUUUGAAGUUCAACCAAAAUAAUAUCAAGAUACUUCAAGCGAAGGUGAGGUUACAGAAGUUGAAUUUUGGAAAUUCAUCGAACGCAAGCAUCGAUAAAACUGAAAAUCGUGAUGUCAUGCCUGUGCCCACGGCAUCUUGUUCAAAGUCUCAGGUAAGCAGCUCUAAAUUAAGGGAAAUCCUCUUAGUAUUACCUGAAGGCAAAAGGAACGGCUAUACCUAUUCAAAGAUCAAGCGAUUUCUAGAGGGGUUUAAAUUUAAGUUUAUUCACCAGGGAUAGGAGGGACGGGCCGGGCCCGUCAUGCAGUCAAAGUGCAUGGUAAUUUUAAAGUAAAUGUACUGGAUUUACCGUUUGCGUCAUUUGACUUCAUAUGUAGCGGUAUAUCAUUAAAUAUGUGCAUGGAUCAAUGCUAAAUAAACGUUGUGUUGCCUUACUUACAAAUGUCGUCCUGGUAUUUUGAGCCAUUUACUGUUCCUCUUAAUAGAAGGACAAGGGUGGAAUCAAUUUUUUGAACGGCUUCAGUGCCGGAGCAAUUUUCUCUUUCAAAACUCACAGCAGAAAGGCUGAAAGAUUCACACUUCUUGUACGAUCUGAUCGAAAAUCCAUCCAAAAGGCCUAGGACUAGCACGGGAGGAAAUUAAAAUCUCACAGUUUUUGAAUGGUCAAAAUGCAAGAUUUACAUAUGCCAGCCAGAAAACUGUCCUGCUGAUUUCUUCUGUUUGAUUGGAUAUCGUUAACCAAAUGGUUCAACAAUAACUGGUGUUAAGCAGACUUGGUAAGUGAUCAUUGCUUAACGGCAUCCAAUCAAAAAGAGACGAUCAGCAGAAUGGUUUCUGGCUGGCACAUGUAAAUCUUGCGACGCAUUUUGACCGUUAAAAAACUGUGAGAUUUUAAUUUCCCUAGGCCUUUUGCAUGGAUUUUUGAUCAAAAGGUACCAGAAAGAAGUGUGAAUCUUUCAGCCUUUCUGCAGCAAGUUUUGAAAGUGGAGCAAUGCAAUUUUCUGGGGUAAAUUCACUCCGACGCUGGAGCCAAUUAAAAAAUUUUUUCCACCCAUGUCCUUCUGUUAAGAGGAACAGUAAACAGCAAACUCAAAAUCUUUCAAAAUGGCUCAAAAUGCCAUUUCUGAGGCAAAGGGACAACAAGUUACCAUAAGUAAGGCAGCACAAUGUUUAUUUAGCAUUGAUCCAUACACAUAUUUAACGAUAUGCCCCUACAGAUGCAUCAAACGGUAAAUCCAGUACAUUUACUACAAAAUUACAAUACAAUCAGUUACACAAACAGACUGUGUGGGUCCCUGUGGUGACACCACGGGAAGUCAUAAAAAUAAAAAGUCUCUACUUGAUCUAGUCGUGUACAAGAAUGGGCUCUUGAAGCCAAAGUUCAAACAAGAUUCCUUGAUGCUGGUCAUAAUGCAGGUAUCAAUGUUUAGACAGAGAGUAGGGGUAUGGGCAUAGGUGUGACAUUUGAACACUUCUUUGUCCCCUCUCUGAGGAUUUAACCCUGCAGAGAUCUGGGUCCUAAACUCGUGUUCUAGGAAAAGUCAAAGUGAUUACUCUUUUCUAUAAUGCAAUACUGCUAAAGCUUUCCAACUGGUAUUGAGUAUAUUAAUAUGGUUGUUCGAAGAAUAUUGCAAUUCAAUUUUGCUGAAACCAGGGCUGGAUUUUCAGCAUUUUUAAAUCAUUGAAGUGAAUGAUUAAAGAAGCAGUUUCACUGUUUCAUUAAACGUUUACAUUGAUGACCUAAACACAGUUUAUUCACAAGGAGUAAGCAAAUGAUAAAUUGUCUAGGUUUCCAAUGGCCAGAUGGAUUCAAUUUUGAAAUAUUUUGANUACAAUACAAUCAGUUACACAAACAGACUGUGUGGGUCCCUGUGGUGACACCACGGGAAGUCAUAAAAAUAAAAAGUCUCUACUUGAUCUAGUCGUGUACAAGAAUGGGCUCUUGAAGCCAAAGUUCAAACAAGAUUCCUUGAUGCUGGUCAUAAUGCAGGUAUCAAUGUUUAGACAGAGAGUAGGGGUAUGGGCAUAGGUGUGGCAUUUGAACACUUCUUUGUCCCCUCCCUGAGGAUUUAACCCUGCAGAGAUCUGGGUCCUAAACUCGUGUUCUAGGAAAAGUCAAAGUGAUUACUCUUUUCUAUAAUGCAAUACUGCUAAAGCUUUCCAACUGGUAUUGAGUAUAUUAAUGUGGUUGUUCGAAGAAUAUUGCAAUUCAAUUUUGCUGAAACCAGGGCUGGAUUUUCAGCAUUUUUAAAUCAUUGAAGUGAACUAUUAAAGAAGCAGUUUCACUGUUUCAUUAAACGUUUACAUUGAUGACCUAAACACAGUUUAUUCACAAGGAGUAAGCAAAUUAUAAAUUGUCUAGGUUUCCAAUGGCCAGAUGGAUUCAAUUUUGAAAUAUUUUGACAUGUUAUUGGGUGAACCUCAUACUUCUUCAAUCUACUGUACCUUUUAUAAUGUACAGUAGUUGGAAAUGUACAUUUCAAAUUGCUCCAUGUUUACUUUUAAUACAUGUCAUUACACAGUUUUGUUAUUCCCAGGUAGGGAUAUUCUAUCAAAUUUGAACUAUUUGCCAGCCCCAAGGGUUGCGUGUUUGACCGAAAAAUAAAAACAAUUCAAAUGCCACACCUAUACCCAUAUCCCUUCAUCUCCUGCCAAACACUGAUACCUGCAUAACUAGAACUGGUCUCUUGCAAAAGUGGUUGCAAGGAGAGUUUCCGCUGCAUAUUUCUUAUUUAUGUGUCUCAAGGCUGAUUUCACUAGUGAAAGAGUUGGAGUUGUAAAUAAUCAGAGUUGUCUAAGAGUUCUUUAUGAUCUAGUGAAAAACAAGAAUCAGAGCCAUAAGCUUGAUAGAUUUGGAAUUACUACCAUUUUCUUCUGAGGCGGCUUAUGACUCUUCAGGUUGCCCAUAAUCUAGUGAAGAUUACACAAUAGAGGUGAAUAUUACACACGCUGUGACUGGACAUUGCCUAUGAUUUAUUAUAGGACAAACACGUGGAUGACAUCAUGGGAACCUUGUUUUUUUGUUUUAUUAAACAUGGCGCAUGGUUUUAAAAUGUUUGUGAGAUUAUUUCAGAUUAAGUGUAGGCCUUGAAAAACAUCUAGCAAUAGCUAAUGUAUUUACAUAGAAGGGAAAUGAAGUUAGAAGGGAAAGUUGUUGAUGUCUUGAAAAUUCCUAAACUGGAAGUUGCCAUUGUAUGUCAUCGUUUCAAGAGACUCGCACUUUUGAAAAAAUGUUUGCAAUUAUUCUGCUGAAAAUGAAGGCAUUAAAAAACUUUUUGGAUAAACUGGAUACAAGUAAGACAGAAGAAGCAGAAACGAAAAAUAGUGUUUGUGACUUAAAAAACGUCUAAACUGACACAAACCCUGAAAUAGUAAAGCAGUACAAUGCAUGUCAGGCAAGCUGUCGUUUUUUCUUUUCUGUUUAUAACAUUAUUCUGUGUAAAACGAAUAGAUUCCAUUUUGCCGUGGGUUUGUUCAGCAAAGGAUUACAGACGACAUCAAAAUGUGGUAAAAACAUCCCUGACACACUCACCUUUGGCUCAUGUGUCACUUCUUUGUUUUUACCACAAUGUGAUGUCAUCUGUGAUCUAUUACUGGGCAGAGCUUGUGAGCUUGUCAGAGUUGAUCUCAUGAGUGGACAGGUCUGCAUGGGUGGUCAUAUCACUAUUGCGUGGACAGGCAUAUUAACAUGCACAAGAUUGCAUGCAUUUUGAUUAGAAUCCUUGGGUGUUUUCUUAAUUUUGUUUGGUCACUUGGAUUCAAAAGGAUAAGAAAUAAAAUAAAUAAUACUUGAAACUAGGGACUUAGCACCAUUUUUGGUGAACCUAAAGGCAUGUUCUAAUAUGUUCACAUUUUAUUAUAUAUUAUUUAUUUAUGCACCAUUUAAAAAAGUAUGGGAUGUGGUUCCAGGUACUAAUAUUACUAUUACUAAAUGAGAACUCUAAUUCAUAAAUAGGGUGAGAUGGCAAAAGAUGAGUCAAGUGAAGUGAGCUGCAGGCAAGUUCCAGGAAUGGGAAUCUUUGAGUCAAUAGAGAGUAGAUUUCCUUCAACAAAGCUUAAAAGAUCAAAAAGCCCUUCUUCACCUUCGCUCAAACAAACUGUGAUUACUCAAGAAAGUUUUUCACCUCCAAAAAAGCCUUCUCUGUACAGAUGUAUGAGGCAAGAGCAACCUUUACACUAUUCCACGCCUCUUUGGUGUUCAGUUCAGAUGCAAGGACCACAGAUGGACAGUUCCAAAGAUUUUACUGAAAACCAAAUGAAUUCUCUGCAAGCUCUGAAGGAAGAAAACUUUCAUAAAACUUACUUGCACACAGUCACAAAUUUUAUGAGCCAGUCCCGAAAGCCACCUGUAGGAGUUUUGUUUCACAUUUUACAUAACAUCCUGCUUUCAAAGCAAAAUAACUGUGGUAAUGAAUGCUUUAGAAUUCUCCGGCAAAUCCAGGUCUUACACCCUGUAAUGGCUAUGAGGAUGGUUAAUUUGAAAAUCUCUUGGGAACACAUUUCCAUGAUGGUGGAACUCUCUAGAUGCAUUGAUGACAUGUCACAAGAAAGUAGUCAGGCACUAAGUGCAUCUAUGGCCUUGUCUUUUGUUGUAAACGUUAUGGAAGAGGAGGUUAAUGUCAAGAGAUUUAGCCUUGUGAAGACCUCAGGUUAUAGACUCCUAUCAGUCAAGCAUUUCAGCACUCAUAUUUUUGAAUUGGUUCAGUGGAUUGGAGAUGCCACAAAACAUCCACAUAAAUCCAAGAAUUUGUUUUUGCUGCAGAGAAUGCUAUCAUUGUCGUUGUCAGUGAAUGAGCGACCAGAGGACUUUGCAGGUAGGAUUGCUGAUGAGUUGUUUCUUGUCUAUAACUGGCAGCUUCAGUCAACUAAAGAGAAAAGUCUUCUUCUCCAGUCAAUUCAAUCACAUUUGCUGAGGAUGAAGUUGAUUGAAGUUAUUCUGAGUAACUGUUUUCCUCCUCAAGAGGAACAGGAUAUCAGGGAAGUUCCCAGAAUGGGACUUGCACAUAUUAUUUUUGUUGACUUUCAGCGCAGUCCAGAUGCAAAUAACUCUGAUCACGUUGACUUGAUUGAUCACUGUGAAGUGUUCAUCAUGCUUCUGGCAUAUCUUCUUCAAAGCUUUCUUUUUUGUCGCAAAAGAUCUCUUCAGAAAAACUCUUCUGAUUCACUGCGAAUCAUGUCAAUGGAUGACACAGAUUCUUUACUUGAAACUGAUUCUGAAGUUACAAGACUGAGGGAACGUCUAGAAAACAUCUGCAGUCCAUCACAGUUGUCCUCAAGGAGCUACCAGUUAUUGGAUUUAAUGUCAUCACUCAAAAGUUUUGCACAAAAGCUUCCAUAGUUGCUGAAGUAAAUAUGACUUGGCCAAGGUUCCUUAAAGGAUGGUUAACCCAAACCAGAACCUAGGAUAAAGUUAAAUUUCCAAACAAAUUUUCUUGUCAAGUAAUAUGUAAAUUGAACAUUUCCUAACCUUAAAAUUUACUCAGAGACUCAGUGGUAAGGUUAACUUACAAUGACAGUCCUUGAGAAUCUGACAGAAGUAAACCCAUUUAUUUAUGGGUUAAAAUUUUAACACUCACUGGGUUUGGGCUAAUCAGUCUUCAAGGAACAGGGUUCUGAAUUUCCUCAUAAGCCAGUCUUGAUUGAUCAUAAUUUUUUAGUUAAUAUUUUGUUGCUGAUGUGAUCCUUGUUGGUGCAAAAACAAUAUUGUUGAAAUAUGGUUUGUUUGCUGUUUGCAUUUGUUGAUCAAAACUUCUGCAAUCCAGUUAAUUAGCAGGAUUGAUGUUUUUUGUUCAAAGAAUAAAGUGCAGAGGUUUUGACUAGCAAAAGUAUGCAAUACUUGGAACCAUAUUGUAUGCUACCUACAGUUCUCAUGCUUUAUUAUCUGGUAUUUGGUAUGCGGUAUUUGCGAUAAUGAUUGGAGAUGUCUCUACAAGUAUGCUUACGAAACUUAAUCCAUACAUUUGUAUAGCAAAGAAUGUAUUCCCCCAUGGACUGAAUUAACAGACUUGACUGCAGUUGCUUGUACUGCACUAGAAGCUCUUGUCAGCUGUUUGCACAUGUUACAACUAACGUUUGUCUUUUCAGGGUCUAAAAAGUAGAUAAAUUGAAUGAAAGUAUGUGAACACAUGAAAUCACCAGUUAAGUCCAUCUCAUUGUAAUAUAAUUGGAAGUUAUGUUGUGUUAAAAAAGCAUUUUCAAGCUCAUCUCAAAAUAGAUCAUGAAAUUUUCUGUGCAGAGGUAGUACAUGGAUUUGCAUGGGAAAAAAAAUAUUGGAGACCUUAUUCAUGAAUACAAAUAGAGAGGAGAAGUCAUUACUUUACACUGCCAUGGUAGCAGAAUUUCUGGAUGACGACAAACCAAAAAUGUUUCUUAAAAAGUGAAUUUGCACUAUUUCAAACUUCAUUGAUCCUAUUCAGUUCUGUUUACUCUGUCAAAUGUUGGCGAAAUGUUCUGGAGUUGAAUCCGAUAUCAAAGUUUAGAAAACGAAAAAGAAAAUUUUUGUGUUUAGUGUACCUACUACAUAAAGCGGGCAUGUGAAAUUAGGAAGUUUCAUGGCUAAGAAAUGUAAUGAAUAGGAAACCUAUUCUUUUUUGCAGUUUUCAUUGCCCUCGCUGUCGUCGUUACUAAAGCUCCCUAUCGUUGUGAUCCAGAAAUUUUGCUACCAUGGCGACAUGACGUCACACUUCUCCUCUCUAUGCUAAAGGGUGGACUGCACUACUACAAAACUGAGAAAUGCGUCAUGCCGCAAAAUAGCUAAGCAGGGCAAUCUACCCUUCUACUGGUGUCUGCAAUGUUCUUUCACAAUAAUAUUUUAUUAUUAGAGAUCUUUAAAUUCGAGGACAAGAUUUGUCUUAAACAUGGUUCGUACAAUCUUGAAAAGGUCUUGAAUUUGGUUUAGGUCCUUGAAAACUACUUGAUUUCUUUAUUAGGUCUCGAAAAGUCCUUGAAAUUCAUAACCUUGUCUACGCCAGACACCGUUUUCUGUGAAAUUAGAUUAUUUUGCUGAGGAAAUUUGGCUCAUCCUCAGUGUAAGAACCUGUAAAACUCACAGGUAACGUAAAAACAUUUUUGUGCAUGACUAAUAUUUUAUUUCUGUUUCUUUAUUUCAAAUGCUAAUAGGGUGAUCAACGGGGUUUAAAGAAUGCCAAUUAAAAUAAAUCUUAGUCCUUGAAAACUGCAAUUUGUCCUUCACAAAUAUCCUUGAAAAGUCCUUGAAAUGUGUUUGUGUAAAGUUGUACGAGCCAUGUUAAAGUUUUUUCGCGUAUACUCCCAAAAUAGACAUCGUGGAAAUCUUUAUUGUACUUUUUUUCACCAGAAAAGGUGGCACUGCUGUCUUUAUUGAAGGAGGGUUAAGCCGUCUUCCAAUCGGGAAAUGACAAAACUUCUAACGUUAAAUUUUGAUAACUUGUUUCAGCCAUAACUUGUAGUAGAAUGAUGAUGGCUACCACAUUUUCCCACCCAAAUGACCCUGGUUCACACGUGCAAAGUAUGUUAAGAAAAUCUCACUCUCAAGUCUUCCUUAUCUUAGAAUCUAAAGGUAAAAGAACAUAAGACAAUAUGACAGGUUUAAUUCACACAUACAAAACAAAAACACCAUUACUGGAAUAAAAUUUUCAAAUUGUUACAUUUAGCAUCAAUGUAUUUGGCUGUAGGGUACUGAUUAUAGUAAUAUAGAAUUAGCUAAAUGAGAUUUAUUUAUUAUAUAGAGAUUUGCACAUAAAUGUAUUUAUUAUCUGAUGACCAAACUGUACAUAAUAUAGUUAUGUUAGUUCAUAAUCCAAGAGUGGACAGGCAUAUUAACAUGCACAAGAUUGCAUGCAUUUUGAUUAGAAUCCUUGGGUGUUUUCUUAAUUUUGUUUGGUCACUUGGAUUCAAAAGGAUAAGAAAUAAAAUAAAUAAUACUUGAAACUAGGGACUUAGCACCAUUUUUGGUGAACCUAAAGGCAUGUUCUAAUAUGUUCACAUUUUAUUAUAUAUUAUUUAUUUAUGCACCAUUUAAAAAAGUAUGGGAUGUGGUUCCAGGUACUAAUAUUACUAUUACUAAAUGAGAACUCUAAUUCAUAAAUAGGGUGAGAUGGCAAAAGAUGAGUCAAGUGAAGUGAGCUGCAGGCAAGUUCCAGGAAUGGGAAUCUUUGAGUCAAUAGAGAGUAGAUUUCCUUCAACAAAGCUUAAAAGAUCAAAAAGCCCUUCUUCACCUUCGCUUAAACAAACUGUGAUCACUCAAGAAAGUUUUUCACCUCCAAAAAAGCCUUCUCUGUACAGAUGUAUGAGGCAAGAGCAACCUUUACACUAUUCCACGCCUCUUUGGUGUUCAGUUCAGAUGCAAGGACCACAGAUGGACAGUUCCAAAGAUUUUACUGAAAACCAAAUGAAUUCUCUACAAGCUCUGAAGGAAGAAAACUUUCAUAAAACUUACUUGCACACAGUCACAAAUUUUAUGAGCCAGUCCCGAAAGCCACCUGUAGGAGUUUUGUUUCACAUUUUACAUAACAUCCUGCUUUCAAAGCAAAAUAACUGUGGUAAUGAAUGCUUUAGAAUUCUCCGGCAAAUCCAGGUCUUACACCCUGUAAUGGCUAUGAGGAUGGUUAAUUUGAAAAUCUCUUGGGAACACAUUUCCAUGAUGGUGGAACUCUCUAGAUGCACUGAUGACAUGUCACAAGAAAGUAGUCAGGCACUAAGUGCAUCUAUGGCCUUGUCUUUUGUUGUAAACGUUAUGGAAGAGGAGGUUAAUGUCAAGAGAUUUAGCCUUGUGAAGACCUCAGGUUAUAGACUCCUAUCAGUCAAGCAUUUCAGCACUCAUAUUUUUGAAUUGGUUCAGUGGAUUGGAGAUGCCACAAAACAUCCACAUAAAUCCAAGAAUUUGUUUUUGCUGCAGAGAAUGCUAUCAUUGUCGUUGUCAGUGAAUGAGCGACCAGAGGACUUUGCAGGUAGGAUUGCUGAUGAGUUGUUUCUUGUCUAUAACUGGCAGCUUCAGUCAACUAAAGAGAAAAGUCUUCUUCUCCAGUCAAUUCAAUCACAUUUGCUGAGGAUGAAGUUGAUUGAAGUUAUUCUGAGUAACUGUUUUCCUCCUCAAGAGGAACAGGAUAUCAGGGAAGUUCCCAGAAUGGGACUUGCACAUAUUAUUUUUGUUGACUUUCAGCGCAGUCCAGAUGCAAAUAACUCUGAUCACGUUGACUUGAUUGAUCACUGUGAAGUGUUCAUCAUGCUUCUGGCAUAUCUUCUUCAAAGCUUUCUUUUUUGUCGCAAAAGAUCUCUUCAGAAAAACUCUUCUGAUUCACUGCGAAUCAUGUCAAUGGAUGACACAGAUUCUUUACUUGAAACUGAUUCUGAAGUUACAAGACUGAGGGAACGUCUAGAAAACAUCUGCAGUCCAUCACAGUUGUCCUCAAGGAGCUACCAGUUAUUGGAUUUAAUGUCAUCACUCAAAAGUUUUGCACAAAAGCUUCCAUAG